UAUCUCGUACAGUCCACCUUAAGCGCACAAUGUGAGCAACGCAGGCGUACAGCAAGGCUUCCGCUUCAUUCCCAGCCGGGCUCGGACCGGAUCGGAGCAGUAGCGUCACUUCAGAGACGACAAGACUGAGGCACUCGGCCAAACCCGACCGAACCCACCCAUCAGCAUGUCUGAACCGAGGUACCGUGACUGGAUUUUGGAGACCAUCGACUCACUGCGAUCGAGAAAAGCCAGACCAGACCUUGAAAGAAUUUGUCGAAUGGUCCGGAGACGGCACGGGUCAGACCCAGAUCGAACCCGUUCGGAACUGGAAAAACUGAUCCAAGAGCAAACAGUGUUGAAAGUUAGCUACAAAGGCUCAAUCUCCUAUCGAAACGCGGCAAAGGUGCAGAGAAAGAGCCGAAAAAAGACUGAACAGACGACCGGCAGUGGCGGAGCUGUGGGGGAACAAACCAAAUACGCCAAAUCCAAGAACAGCGACAGUGCGCACAGUCCCACGGAGACGAAGGAGACCGGGGGCAAAGACUCGGGUCUGAUUGAGACAAAACACUACAGUGACCCCAAGCCUAAAACAACGACCAUCGCCGCCGAGAAAACCGAAGCGGUUCUGGUCCCGGCUAGCGGAAACUGUCUCAGCUGUGGCGCAGCGGUUUGCAAGAGUCAAGCUCGUUGUUCAGCCGGGAGCGGCGGCGUGAAAGCAAGUGCACAGAAAGACAAGAAACUGCCGCAGACGGAGAGCAGGAGUGUUUUGACCGGUCGAGAUACAAUAACCAGCGAUGAUACAGAAACUGGUACUCCCAGUAAGACCAGGGGGUCUCGAGGAGUGGAAGCGGGCUUGUCCGGGCACGAGGGUAGUAAUGACAAGGAAAAGAAAACUUGCACGAGCGCUAGUGCCAGCAACAGCCACCCUCCCGGACACAAGCAGCAAGCGUCGCUCAAACACAAACUCGGUGUCGGGGCGAAGGCAGGGAGUCGCGGCGGGUCUGACCCCGCGAGUCCGGAUCUGGGCGACCAGCUGGUGGCUUCUGUUCGAAGCCUGGUCGAGAAGAGUCGGGGAGCCGCCGCAGCCCGGGGCCCCACGCCAUUAGGCUUGAAGGAGAUACUAGGUUUCCUGAGCUCACAGGAGCGCCUAUCGCAAGAGAAGCUCACCCGCAGCAAAGUCAAAGUGGUGCUCGAAAGAGAGGUGGCGAGGGGUCGGCUACGAAGGACCAGGUUUGGGAACAUCACUCUCCCUGUUCGGGGAGUGGGAGCGGCGAAACCGUCCGCGCGACUACUAAAGAGCGCACUGCAGGAUAGACACAUGGCGAAAAAGGUUGAGGUGAAAAAGGUAGCCACGGAAACGGAAUGUGUUACAGAAGAGAGGGUGGCAAAGACUCGAGAUGGGAGUGUCGGCACCCCAGGCUCACCUGGCACUCCGGACAAGGGGGCCGCUGAGUGUCUUGUCCCAAAGAGGGAGGCAGGAGUGCAGGGCGUUGCCAGGGGCAACUCAUCUCAGACCCUCUCCUGCCCUGACCCCGACCCCAUCUCCAUGGAUCAGCCACAGGCCACACCCCUCCUGGGCUCCAGCGUCAGCGCUGACAUCACAGACCUUCCCUGCAGUGCCCAGGGGAACCUCCAUCCAAUCUCCUCCUCCGACCGCAUGUGUCCCUCUGGCUGCUUCGAGGACAUGCAGACCGAGCUGCAGGGAGACACAGGUGAGCCGGAGGUCGGGGUGCAGCCGCGAGCCGUUUGUCCGUCCGCUCAGCGAGAGACAGCGAAAGGAGCUGAGGAGGUGACAGCGGAGGAGAGCGCCCUCACCCCGGACCAGCUGGUCUCGGACUCACAGAAUCAGGUGAUGGCUGUGGGAGAGGGCGGGAACCUCACCACCUCCGUUCCUGCUGAAAGCUGUUCAGGGUUCAAGAUGGAGGUGGACGAGGCAUCCUGCCUGCUGACGCCCACAGCCUCCCCACAGGACUCAAGGGGGAUGGAGGAACGAGAGAUGAACGGAGGAGUUUUUGUCAAGGCGGAGAGGGACGGGCAGAACCCGGUGGAGUGGAGCGUGGCCGACGUGGUGAGCUACUUCACCGAGGCGGGGUUCCCGGAGCAGGCCUCCGCCUUCAGAACGCAGGAAAUAGAUGGAAAGUCCCUGCUCUUGAUGCAGCGCAACGACGUGCUGACUGGUCUUUCGAUCCGGCUGGGCCCCGCCCUCAAAAUCUACGAGCGUCACGUGAAGGUGCUGCAGAGGACCCACUUCCAGGACGACGGGGCUUUCUGCUGAGUGACAGCUCCCACUGCGCUGAAGAGCCACGCCUCCUCAUCACGCCAUACGGAGGAGUUUACCAGCAGCAUACCUGUGCACACACACACACCUGCACACACACACACACCUGCACACACAGAC